AGAUAGCUAUAAAGGGACUGAGUGAAUCAAUUAACUCCAAGGUUUUCAGAGAUCUCUUGAUAUCAAAGUUUUUUUAACACGUGUCUCCUCUGACCCUGCAGAUAUGAAAAUUGACAUCCACAGCCAUAUUCUACCAAAAGAAUGGCCAGAUCUAGAAAAGAGAUUUGGCUAUGGAGGCUGGGUGAAGCUUCAACACCACAGCAAAGGAGAAGCAAAGAUGGUAAAAGAUGGCAAAGUCUUCAGGGUGAUCCAAGAGAACUGUUGGGAUCCAGAAGUUCGGAUUAGAGAAAUGGAUCAGAAAGGAGUGACAGUACAAGCUCUGUCCACAGUUCCCGUCAUGUUUAGCUACUGGGCCAAACCUCAGGAUACUCUAGAACUGUGUCAGAUUUUAAACAAUGACUUAGCUGCCACAGUUGCAAGCCAUCCCCGGAGGUUUGUGGGUCUGGGGACAUUGCCCAUGCAAGCUCCCAAGCUGGCCAUCAAGGAGAUGGAGCGCUGUGUAAAGGAGUUAGGCUUUCCAGGGGUCCAGAUUGGCUCCCACAUCAACACGUGGGACCUGAAUGAGCAGGAACUCUUCCAGUUCUAUGAAGUGGCAGAAAGGCUGAACUGUUCCCUGUUUGUGCAUCCCUGGGACAUGCAGAUGGAUGGAAGAAUGGCCAAAUACUGGCUCCCAUGGCUUGUAGGAAUGCCUGCAGAGACCACAAUAGCUAUUUGUUCCAUGAUAAUGGGUGGGGUGUUUGAGAAGUUUCCUAAACUGAAAGUGUGUUUUGCACAUGGAGGUGGUAUGUUCCCUUUCACAGUGGGAAGAAUCUCACAUGGAUUCAACAUGCGCCCUGAUCUAUGUGCCCAGGACAAUCCAACUGAUCCAAAGAAAUACCUAGGCUCCUUUUACACAGAUUCAUUAGUUCAUGAUCCUGGAGCUCUCAAGUUGUUAAUGGAUGUCAUAGGAAAGGAUAAAAUCAUCUUGGGAACUGAUUACCCCUUUCCACUGGGUGAAUUGGAACCUGGGAAAUUAAUAGAAUCCAUGGAAGAAUUUGAUGAAGAAACAAAGGAUAAACUCAAAGCUGGUAAUGCUCUGGCAUUUUUGGGUCUGGAAAGAAAACAGUUUGAAUGACUGUAUUCAAGAUAAUAUUUCACUAUUUAAAUUCACACACAUUGCUAGAAGACAUCAAGACACAAACUGUAACUAUUCACCCCCAGCCCCCAUUCUGCACAUUGCUUUGUGCAAAAGGCAUUUAGUUUAUUUCCAAGGAAUUACCAAAGUCCCUACUCCUCUGGCACCAAAUUCUGUCUUAGUUACUUCUCACUACUGAGAAAUGCCCAAAAUUAAGGAGGAAAGGUUUAUUUAGCACAAAGUGUUUAGAGGUUUCAAUUCAUAGGUGCCUAGCUCCAAGACAAUGUGACACAUCCAUUCUAUAGUUACAUCUAUGUUCCUAUAGUUUUCCUUUCUUUUGUAUUUAUCAUCCUCUACCACCUGUUAUGGUUUGUGUCUAAACGUCCCUCCAAAGCCUCAUGUAAUUUUAGAUAGGGUUUUUCAAAGAAGGCUGACUCUAGAGUGUGUGAUAAUGGGAUUAAGGGUGUGUGAUUUAGUAAAUCAAUAAAGUGAUUUGUUUGGCAUAGUUUUGGCUAAAAUUAAGGGUGUAAAUACUGGAGAAAGGUUUCUUUCUACAGGUUUACUUUUAGCAGAAACUCUUAAUUUAAAAUACUGAGCAGAAUGUAUAGAGCCAUCUUUGAAGAGGAAGAUGGGAAAUACUGGGAUACCUUAUUCUAUUCAUUUAAUUUAUGUUCUACCUGGGAUACUACAAAAGGACUUGUUACUGAGACAGUUAAUAAACAUCUGCUGUUCACAUAGCUCUGGCUGAAAAAAAAAAUUUUAAAUAUAAUUUUUCUAAACUAC